AUGAGUAGACUUGAUAGGUUUUUGGUAGGAGGUAGAUUUACUUGGUACAAAGGCAAUGACAAGGCUAUGAGUAGACUUGAUAGGUUUUUGGUAUCAAGGAAGUUGAUUGAAGAGUGGAGAGUGGUUGAUCAAAGGGUGGAGUUUAGAGAUAUCUCGGAUUAUUCUCCAAUUCGGCUCAAUAUCGAGAAGAUUGAUUGGGGUCCUAAGCCUUUUAGGUUUAAAAAUGCUUGGUAUAAACAUGAAGAGUGGGCAAAGUUGAAGGUGGAGGGUAGAGGAGACUUUAUUUUGUAUGAGAAGCUUAAAAGUUUGAAACAUCGGCUUAAAGAAUGGAAUUGUGAUGUCUUUGGAUGGAUCAAUUUAAAGGUGAGUGAGGAGGUGGGAAAUCUUAAUAAGUUGGAUAAGUUAUUGGUGGAAAAUCAUGGAGGUAACGUUGAUCCCUUAGUUAAUAAUAGAAGGGAAGUCACUAAAGAGUUGUGGAAUUGGUUAAAUGUGAAAGAAAGUAUGUUAAGGUUGAAAUUUAUACAACUUUGGUUGAAAGAUGGAGACAAGAAUACUCGUUUUUCCAUAAUUUUCUAA